AUGAAUCCCAACGAACUGCUGCGAAUCGUCGAUACGAUUCAUCGGGAUAAGAACAUCGACAAGGAGAUUGUCUUCGAAGGGAUUGAGGCCUCUCUCGUUUCGGCUGCCAAACGCCAUUACGGGGAGGAGUCGGACAUCAUCGUGCACAUCGACCGGGUCGACGGUUCGAUUUCUGGCACGCGUGAUGGCAUUCCGCUGGAUCCAGAGGAAACCGUUGGGCGCAUUGGUGCGCAGACCGCCAAGCAGGUGAUGAUUCAAAAGAUUCGCGAGGCGGAGCGCGACGCACUUUACGACGAAUACACAGCCCUGAUCGGUCAGAUGGUGACCGGCGUGAUCCAGAGCAGCAAGGGCGGAACCGCAACCGUUACGCUGAGUAACGUCGAGGCGCUUCUGCCACGCAGUGAGCAGAUUCCCGGAGAAUCGCAUCACGUGAACGAGCGCGUACGGGCCACAGUAUGCGAAGUGCGCAAGGUGGGCACCCGCGUGAAGGUGAUUUUGAGCCGCACCCGACCCGACCUGGUGCGUUGCCUGUUCGAACAAGAGAUUCCGGAAAUCGCCGAAGGUGUGAUCGAGAUUAAGUCGAUCGCCCGCGAGCCGAGCUACCGAACCAAGGUGAGCGUGACCAGCAGCGACGCCCGGGUGGAUUGCAUCGGGGCCUGCGUGGGUAGCCGCGGUAACCGUAUCAAGAAUGUGGUCGACGAACUCGCCGGCGAGCGGAUUGAUAUCGUUCGCUGGAGCGACGAUAUGCAGGAGUUGAUCCCCAACGCCCUGCAGCCGGCCGAAGUGGAGGAAGUGAUCCUUUGUCAGAUGCUCGGACGGGCCAUUGUGCUGGUUCGCGAAGAUCAGCUUUCGCUGGCCAUCGGUCGCCGAGGUCAGAACGUGCGCUUGGCGAGCAAGCUCUGCAUUUGGGACAUCGAGAUCAUGACUCGCGAGGAACUCGACGAGCAGAUUGACGUGGCCGUGGCAGGGUUUAGUUCCAUAGAGGGGGUUGACGAAAACCUCAGUGAGAGACUGGUCGGUGAGGGUUAUUUAUCUUACGAUGAUUUGUCCAUCAUCGAGCCCGAAGCGCUGAUGGAGAUGGGCGGCCUGACCAUGGAGCAGGUCGACAAAAUCGUUGAGAUAGCAGAAGUUCGGGCCGCAGAGGCCGAGAAGGCUGCUGCAGAACAACGGCGAAAGCGACGCGAACAAGAGCGUGCUGCUGCCGAGGAAGAAGCUGCCUCCGAAGAGGCCGCUGCCAAAGACGCGAGUGAAGCAGAGGCAGCGGGAGGCGAAGGGGGUGAAGAGCCCCAACCCGAGGUCGCGGAGCAGGAAUCUAGCGAGUCCCCUGUCGCUUCGGCAGAUGAAGCCGGAUCGACGGAUGGGUCUGCCGAUGUCUCGGCAGACGACUCUGAAGAAUCCAGCCGCGAGGCUACGUUUUUCGAGACGACAGGGAGUAAGCCACAGUUGUCUGUGCGCAUUUACGCAUUAGCGAAAGAGCUGAAGAUCGACAGCAAAGAGCUGGUCGAGAUUUGUCCUAAAGCAGGCAUCUCGGGCAAGGGCUCGGCGCUGGCGAGCUUGGACGACGACGAAGUCGCGAAGAUUAAAGCCUACGUCUCCGGCAACGGAGCGACCGGUUCUGGACAGGCAGCCAAACCCAGCGGCGAUGCUGCUGCGAGUGGAUCGAAGCCUGCAACAGGCAAAGCUGCGGGUGGUGCUCCAGGCGUUCUACGCCGCGAGGACUACAUUGCACCGGCGGGUGUGAGCUCGAAGAAGCCGCCCACGAUGCCGGCGAAGCAGCCACCGAAGCAACCUCCGAAGGAAGAAACUCCGGCGGAGACGAAGAAGAAGCCGCCGGCGACCGAGGGGCCUCCGAAACCCGCUGCCCCCACAAUCAAACUGGCACCAAUGCCGAGUGCCAAUACUCCUCCGCCAGUCAGGCGAUCGAACGAGCCUGCGCCGCAGAAGCCGGAUAUUAAGCUGCCGGCCGAUGCCAUUCGGGCGGGCAAGGCGGGCGCGAAGCCGCUGCAAGAGCAUCUGCGUAAGCAUGAAGCGCGCCGGAAGACGGAAGAGAAAGAAGACAACGCAGCAAUAAUGCCUCCGGGCUCUGAGCCGCCGUUGGUCACUGGCCGCGAGCAUCGCCGUGGUGGCGGUGGCAAGAAACGGGAAGUCGACGAAGAUCGCGGAAAGGGUUCGGUCGGUGGACGCGAACAACGCCAACUCAAGCGUAAGCGUGGCGGCGGUCGUCAGGAUUCGGACGUCGAAUACCGCCCACGACGGAGUUUCCGUCCCAAGCGAACGGGUACGAAUACGGCCGCGCCGCGUAAGGGCAAGGUGGUGGUCGAAUUGCCGGCCACGGUGCGUAGCUUCUCCGAAGGAAUUGGUGUGCCCGCGCGUCAGGUGCUGGGCAAGCUUUUGGCUUUCGGCAAGAUGUCGAACAUCAACGCCGAGAUCGACCGCGAGACGGCCGAACUGCUGGCCAUCGAGCUGGAAGCGGAUGUCGAGUUCAAGACUGCGGUCAACCUGGAAGAUCAACUGCUGACGCAGUUCGAAGAUUUCGAGGAUCCGGAAGGCUCGCUGGUUGAGCGUGCCCCCGUGGUUACAUUCCUCGGUCACGUCGAUCACGGUAAGACGUCGCUGUUGGAUCGCAUCAUCGAUAUUGAUGUGGUCAGCGGCGAGAGCGGCGGCAUCACGCAGCACAUUCGGGCGUAUCGCAUCGAUCGGGAUGGGCGAUCCAUCGCGUUUGUCGAUACCCCGGGUCACGAGGCGUUCACCGAGAUGCGUGCUCGCGGGGCGAAUGUCACCGACAUCGCUGUGCUGGUCGUGGCGGCUGACGACGGCAUCAUGCCUCAGACCGAAGAGGCGAUCAGCCAUGCCCGGGCUGCCGGUGUGCCGAUUGUCGUGGCGAUGAACAAGAUCGAUUUGCCCGGCGUGAACAUCGACCGAAUCUACCAGCAACUUGCUGAAAACGAAUUGCUGCCCACCGAGUGGGGCGGCGAUACGGAAGUGAUUAAAUGUAGCGCGAUGACCGGCGAAGGUAUCGACGACCUGCUGGAAACGCUGGCCACGCUUGCUGAGUUGCACGACUACAAGGCCAACCCCGAUCGUCCUGGGGCCGGUACUUGUAUCGAGGCCGAGUUGCACGAGGGUCGCGGUGUGGUGGCCAAGUUGUUGGUGCAGAAGGGAACGCUGAAGAUCGGCGAUGUGAUCGUCUGCGGCGAAGCCCACGGCCGCGUGAAGGCCAUGUACGACACGCUGCUCGGCGAGCAGGUGAUGCACGAGGUGGCAGGUCCUUCGACCCCCGUCAACGUGACCGGCUUGGAUGUGGCCCCCGGCGCCGGCGAGCACUUCUAUGUGAUGGACGAUAUCUCCAAAGCACGAGAAAUUGCCAGCACGCGUGCUUCUUCGGCCAAGCGUCAAUCGCUCAGCGGUACGAAGACGCAUGUCACGCUCGAGAAUCUGUUCGACCAUUUGGGCGACGAUGAGGUUCAAACGCUGAACCUGAUUCUGCGGGCCGACGUGAAGGGUUCGAUUGAAGCCAUCGUAAAAGAGCUGUCGAAGCUCGAUCACCCCGAGGUGCAAAUCAAGGUUCUGCAGGCCACCGUGGGUGGUGUGACCGAGGCCGACAUUCACCUGGCCGACGCCUCGGACGCGGUGGUGAUUGCGUUCAAUGUGGUGCCGGAUGAAGGGGCGAGAACCCUGGCCCAGACCAAGGGCGUUCAGGUUCGUCGUUACGAUGUGAUUUACAAAGUGACCGACGAUCUCAAGGCCUCGCUGGAAGGCAUGUUGAAGCCCGAGUUGCGGGAGAGCGACUUGGGCCGAGCCUUGGUGCUGCGACUGUUCCCCAUCAGCCGUGUGGGUACAGUGGCCGGUUGCCGUGUGCUUUCGGGUGUGAUUCAACGCGACUGCCGCAUUCGAGUGAUUCGCGAUAAUCGCAUCCUCGGCGUGUACCCGUUGGAUUCGCUGCGUCGUGAGAAGGACGAUACCCGAGAGGUUCGGGAAGGUUACGAAUGCGGUAUGAAGCUCGUUGGUUUCAACGAUCUCAAGGAAGGCGACAUUCUCGAAGCGUACAAGAUCGAAGAGGUGGCUCGGACCUUCUAA